UCUUGGGGGCGCAUUACAAAACUAAUGGGUGGACCCAAAGGAGAAUUUCCAGCCCCGUGAUUUGCUAAUCGGGGGCUGGUUCCCUUGUCAUUCCCCUGUAAUCGUGGCUCUGGUUUGUGGAGUUUGCCCAGCCCUCCUGUCCGUGGACGCACCAAGUGUACCGACUGCACUCUGUGCCUUUUGGUUAAAGCCCGAUUACCUUCACUGUGAAGGCUGGGCACUGGGAAGGAAGAUCGGGGGCCUCGUUGUGGCUGAGAGAAGAGGCUAAAACUCCUCACAUAUGGCUUUUUUGUAGGACAGUUUCCAUCGUCAUUUGGGAUUGUGGAAGGGACGUCAUAAAAAAUCACCUGAAGUCGCCCAAACGUUUUAUUCACUUGUGGGCGCCCGACCAUGGAGAUGCAAAGGUGGUCCACAAGGUGGAAAACGAAAAGGUGGCUUAUGGAUUCCACUGUAACCGCAUUCAUCACUUUAAUCCUGGUUCUACAGGCUGCUAAUGUCAGAGCAGAAGAACCAGUGGAUGUCCUAAAAGUAUUAGAAUUUCAAAAUUACCCCGAAGGAGUGACGAAAACAUCAGGAUUUUGCACAAACCGAAGAGCAUCAAAGCCGGACUCAGCUUACAGAGUUGCCAAGCAGGUCCAGAUCAGUGCCCCCACCACGCAGUUAUUCCCUGGAGGUGUUUUUCCUGAGGACUUCUCCAUCCUGACCACAGUGCGCCCCAAGUCCGGCCUCCAGUCCUUCUUGCUGUCAAUUUACAACGAGCAGGGGGUCCAGCAGCUGGGCGUGGAAGUGGGACGCUCACCUGUCUUCCUGUAUGAGGAUCAGACUGGUAAACCAGCCCCAGAGGACUACCCCCUGUUCCCUACUCUCAACCUUGCUGACGGAAAGUGGCACCGUGUGGCUAUCAGUGUGGAGAAGAAGACAGUCACUGUCAUUGUAGACUGUAAGAAGAAGAUCAUCAAGCCUCUCCCCAGGAGUGACCAUGCUUCCAUCGACACCAAUGGCAUUACUGUGUUCGGCACCAGGAUCCUGGAUGAGGAGGUUUUCCAGGGUGACAUCCAACAACUUCUGAUCGUGGCUGAUCCCAAAGCGGCAUAUGACUACUGUGAACAUUACAGCCCAGACUGUGACACUCCCCACGGUGAUUCCCUGCAGGCCCAGGAGCCAGAGGAAGAGUACACUACUGAUGAUUUAGAUUACUCUCAGUUCUAUGAUUACUCUGAGGGAGCAACAGACAUCAUUCCCACCGAUGAGUAUUCUGAACCACAGCUAAACAAUGUAGAAGGAGAUUACAAUACAGACAUUGACUACGGAACUGUAGAUGGUACUCAAACUCAGUCCCCCUUUGCCACGAGUGGACCCUAUGAGGCUGUGGAGGAGGAUGUUGUCGGUGCUAAUGGCUACGAGGCCGCUCCCAUUGCUCCGGAGCCCACCGCUGUCCCAGAAAUGGUGGACAACUUGGACACUGGUGCGGAAGCAUAUGACUUUAAGGAAUAUGACCUAAAGGAGUAUGACUUGGGGGAGGUUGACAACAGGUUGUAUGAUUACGGGGCAUAUGAUGAGUAUGGCACUGCCCCCCCCAAACCCACGGCAGCCUACGAUGAUGAGGUGGGGCCUGGGGUUGCUGCUGAAACCGACGUUUCUGAGAGCACCGUUGCUGGUGCUGGAGGAGCCUUCGGCCAGAAGGGAGAAAAGGGCGAGCCGGCUGUGAUUGAACCUGGCAUGCUGAUUGAAGGACCGCCAGGACCUCCUGGCCCAGCUGGCCUUCCAGGUCCCUCAGGCCUACAAGGACCCCCCGGGCCUUCUGGAGAUCCUGGUGACAGGGGUCCUCCUGGUCGUGCUGGUCUGCCUGGUGCUGAUGGUUUGCCAGGGCCCCCUGGUACUAUGCUGAUGCUGCCAUUCCGUUUUGGUGGGGAUGGUGAGAAGGGUCCAGUGGUGUCGGCACAAGAAGCCCAAGCCCAGGCCAUCCUCUCCCAGGCCAGACUGGCUAUGAGGGGACCCCCCGGGCCGAUGGGUCUGACAGGACGAUCAGGGCCAGUGGGUCUACCCGGUGCUCCUGGACUGAAAGGUGAAAGUGGAGACCCUGGACCUCAGGGUCCCCGUGGCAUCCAGGGGCCUUCAGGACAAUCUGGCAAAGCUGGCAAGAGGGGCCGUGCUGGAGCAGACGGUGCCCGGGGAAUGCCCGGAGAGCCAGGCUCCAAGGGUGACCGAGGCUUUGAUGGACUCCCCGGACUGCCUGGUGAAAAGGGACACAGGGGGGAGAUAGGACCGAUGGGACCCCCAGGUGCCCCUGGAGAGGAUGGACAGAGAGGCGAGGAUGGAGAGAUUGGGCCCAGAGGAUUAGCUGGCGAGAGUGGUCCUAGAGGUUUGCUGGGACCUCGUGGUCCUCCAGGACCCCCUGGAUCUCCUGGCGUUGCUGGAGUUGACGGGCCUCCAGGUCCCAAAGGAAACAUGGGACCACAAGGAGAACCAGGCCCACCUGGGCAGCAAGGAACCCCAGGGACACAGGGUCUUCCUGGUCCUCAAGGCCCCAUUGGACCACCUGGAGAAAAAGGACCUCAGGGCAGGUCGGGGUUGCCUGGAUUACCUGGAGCUGAUGGGCCUCCUGGUCAUCCUGGUAAGGAGGGGCCACCCGGAGAGAAAGGAGGACAAGGUCCACCAGGUCCACAGGGUCCCAUUGGUUAUCCUGGCCCUCGUGGUGUGAAGGGUGCUGAUGGUGUCCGUGGUCUCAAGGGGUCAAAGGGAGAGAAGGGCGAGGACGGUUUCCCAGGUUUCAAGGGAGACAUGGGAAUCAAAGGAGACCGGGGUGAGCUUGGCAUGCUUGGGUCCCGCGGAGAGGACGGUCCUGAGGGUCCUAAAGGCCGAGCUGGACCCAACGGAGAACCAGGUCCCCUUGGUCCAGCUGGGGAAAAGGGUAAACUCGGUGUCCCAGGAUUGCCAGGUUAUCCAGGAAGACAAGGACCAAAGGGCUCUAGUGGUUUCCCUGGGUUCCCAGGAGCCAACGGCGAGAAAGGAGCCAGGGGUGUUGCAGGUAAACCUGGUCCAAGAGGGCAAAGAGGUCCAACGGGUCCUCGUGGUGCUCGAGGAGCCAGAGGUCCAACAGGAAAACCUGGUCCCAAGGGCACAGCAGGCAACGACGGCCCUCCAGGCCCACCUGGUGAGAGAGGACCUCAAGGGCCUCAGGGACCUGUGGGCUUCCCUGGACCAAAGGGCCCCCCUGGACCACCUGGAAAGGAUGGGCUGCCCGGACACCCUGGCCAGCGCGGAGAAACGGGUUUCCAAGGAAAAACCGGCCCACCAGGUCCAGGAGGUGUUGUCGGGCCCCAGGGACCCACUGGAGAGACCGGUCCCGUUGGUGAGAGAGGACACCCCGGACCCCCAGGUCCACCUGGAGAACAGGGUCUUCCAGGUGCUGCUGGCAAGGAGGGAGCGAAGGGAGACCCUGGACCACAGGGAUCCUCCGGUAAAGACGGUCCCCCUGGCCUUCGUGGCUUCCCUGGAGAGAGAGGUUUACCUGGUGCCACGGGCCCAGCAGGUCUGAAGGGAGGAGAGGGGCCCCAAGGUCCACCUGGUCCUGUUGGUUCUCCUGGUGAGAGAGGCCCUGCUGGUCCAGCUGGUCCAAUUGGCCUGUCCGGUAGACCUGGCCCUCAGGGUCCCCCAGGUCCCGCUGGAGAGAAGGGAGCACCUGGUGAGAAAGGACCUCAAGGUCCAGCUGGUCGUGAUGGUGUCCAGGGUCCUGUUGGCCUGCCUGGGCCUGCUGGACCCCAGGGUCCACCCGGAGAGGAUGGUGACAAGGGAGAGGUUGGAGAGCCCGGUCAGAAAGGAAGCAAAGCUGACAAGGGAGAACAGGGUCCUCCCGGCCCAGCUGGUCUCCAAGGUCCCAUAGGUGCCCCAGGUCCUGCUGGAGCUGAUGGAGAGCCUGGUCCCAGAGGUCAGCAGGGUAUGUUUGGACAGAAGGGAGAUGAAGGUUCCAGAGGUUUCCCUGGACCCCCUGGUCCCAUUGGCCUGCAGGGGCUUCCCGGACCUCCUGGUGAGAAAGGAGAGAACGGUGAUGUUGGCCCUAUGGGCCCUCCUGGUCCCCCUGGUCCCAGAGGUCCUCAGGGUCCUAGUGGAGCUGAUGGUCCACAAGGUCCUCCGGGCGGCGUGGGCCCCAUGGGAUCUGUGGGUGAGAAGGGUGAACAAGGUGAGGCCGGAAACCCAGGACCCCCUGGAGAGCCUGGAACUGGGGGACCCAAAGGUGAGAGAGGAGAGAAAGGAGAGGCUGGCCCCCCAGGAGCUGCUGGACCCGCUGGUGCCAAAGGACCCCCUGGAGAUGACGGUCCAAAGGGCAAUCCUGGUCCUGUCGGAUUCCCUGGAGACCCUGGACCUCCUGGAGAGCCAGGUGUUGCUGGCACUGAUGGGGAAGCAGGAGAGAAGGGAGAGGAUGGGGAGGCCGGUCAGCCUGGACCUCCAGGUCCAUCAGGAGAAGCUGGCCCACCUGGACCACCUGGCAAGAGAGGACCUCCGGGGGCUGCAGGUGCAGAGGGCAGGCAAGGAGAGAAGGGCGCUAAGGGUGAGGCUGGUUCAGAGGGUCCAGCAGGUAAAACAGGACCGGUUGGGCCCCAGGGACCUUCAGGAAAACCCGGUCCAGAAGGUCUACGUGGAAUCCCCGGCCCCGUUGGUGAACAAGGACUGCCAGGCUCCCCAGGACAAGACGGUCCACCUGGUCCUAUGGGUCCUCCUGGUCUUCCUGGUCUGAAAGGUGACCCUGGAUCUAAGGGUGAAAAGGGUCACCCAGGUUUGAUCGGUCUGAUUGGACCCCCUGGUGAGCAAGGAGAGAAGGGAGACCGAGGUUUGCCUGGACCCCAGGGUUCUCCUGGUGGCAAGGGCGAUGGUGGUAUCAGCGGAUCUGCCGGUCCUCUCGGUCCCCCAGGUCCCCCCGGUCUGCCUGGUCCUCAAGGUCCCAAGGGAUCCAAGGGUUCAAGUGGUCCUGCUGGUGCCAAAGGAGACACUGGUUCAGUUGGUCCUCCUGGUCCUCCUGGCCCACCAGGUGAGGUGAUUCAGCCCCUGCCCAUCCAGUCACCCAAGAAAACCAAACGCUCUGCUGACAUGCAGUCAGAUGCGACCGGUACCAUCAUGGACUAUGGCGAGGGCAUGGAGGACAUCUUCGGCUCACUCAACAACCUCAAACAGGACAUCGAACGCAUGAAGUAUCCCAUGGGCACACAGAACAACCCGGCCAGAACGUGCAAAGAUCUGCAGCUGUGCCACCCAGAGUUCCCUGAUGGCGAAUACUGGAUUGAUCCAAACCAAGGUUGCUCGGGGGAUUCCUUCAAAGUCUACUGUAACUUCACCGCCGGGGGUGAAACCUGCAUCUAUCCAGAUAAGAAGUCCAACGGAGUCAGAAUAUCUUCAUGGCCCAAAGAAGUUCCUGGGUCAUGGUUCAGUGAAUUUAAACGUGGUAAAAUACUUUCCUAUGUUGACGCAGAUGGAAACUCAAUAAACAUGGUACAGAUGACCUUCCUCAGACUACUGACAGCCUCGGCCAGGCAAAACUUCACCUACAGCUGCCACCAGUCUGUGGCGUGGCACGAUGCCGCCAGCGACAGCUACGACAAGGCGCUGCGCUUCCUGGGCGCCAAUGAUGAGGAGAUGUCCUAUGACAAUAACCCUUACAUCAAGGCCCUCUCAGACGGAUGCGCGACGAGGAAGGGCUAUGGAAAGACUGUGAUGGAGAUUAAUACUCCCAAAAUCGAUCAGGUUCCAAUCAUCGAUGUCAUGUUGACUGACUUUGGGGACCCUAACCAGAAGUUUGGGUUUGAAGUUGGGCCCGUCUGCUUCCUUGGCUAAAUAAAAACGAAAAAAAGAAACAAAAAAAGGACUUGAUGGGGCCAGCAAAGAAAGUCAAGUUGAGACGUUUUGGGUACCACCAAACCCCAUUUCUAGCCCCCCACCCUUUUCUAUGCCACAUGCAAGUUUUGAAUAAGAGAUGGUGUAGCAAACAUGUCUUUCCAUGUAUGUACGUGUAACCCAGGAAAAUACUUGUUGCCCUUGUAGGGCUCGAACCACAUGACUUAACCACGUUACGGAGCAAAGGUGAAGGACAUUUGAACGCGUGGCAGAGGAGGGUGAAUCGGAGGUAACCAAGAGGGGGGGGUCAGGCGACAUAAGGGGACACAGACCCCCUCUCUGGAUUCUCCAGGUGCUGUAUGAAAACGACUACAAUGGUGCUUGUUCAAAACACACAAAAGUAUAAAGAGGUGCUAAGAAAGAAGGUGUAUUUUGAUAAUUAUAAAAAAAAACUGUAAUUAUUAUUUUGUACAAUACUGUUAUUUCUGAAUCCACUUUCAAAACUUGCAUGUGUAUCAGAUUCUGCUUCUGGCUCUUUAAUUUCAGUGUUGGUUCAAAGAUAUACAGUGUAAGUUGAAGACAUCAUUCAAUCAAAUAAAUUUAUAAUUCUGGUAUUUUUUGUUCAACACAUAUUGUGUAACUGUCACGAAGCAAAUAAAGUGAGCAUUCAAACAAUUCUCCAUUGCUAAAUUAGACUGUAUGCCCUUUGUAUAUAUUGACAGUCCAAAGCUUGAGGUUAUUUGCUGUUUUGCCCUUGUGACCAUAGGUGAAACAACUGGAAGUAUCACACCAGCACGUAUGCGGCAACAUCUCCCACUAAUGUUGUGAUCCUGUGCUAGUAGGAAGCAAAUCAUGGCAUUCAUUUUCCUUUAUUUAAUUCUAUUUGUUGUUUUUUUCUGUUUUGUUUUCUGACAGGCUUUUUAUUUUGGUUGUAUACCUCAAACUUUCUUGAUAACCUUUAAGAUGCAAGGAUGUUAUGCCCUGUAUAUACCUUGGUUAAGCAAUUAAGUUUAUAUAUUUUGGGUGGGGAUUUUUUAAAGAGAGAAAUACAUUAACUGUUAGACAUCCACUGUUCAAAUCCUUCUGUGAAUGCAAUGAGAAGCCCUUUAGGUGACCCAUUUUUGUAACUAAAAUGAGAAAAUGUUUUAAUGUGCUUUUUAUAGUUCAUUUAAAUAUUAAAAACUGGAUUCAGUGAACUUAAUGUCUCAAUGGUCUGUGUAAGAUGACUUUGGAGUAGAUCUACCUACUGUACAUGUCAAAUGCUUAAAUCAAAGAUAUGUUAAUUCGACUAAGACUCUGGGCUGGUGCAAUUCCAUCUCUCUUGAAACCAAUAAAGUACCAUCUUACAAUAAUUUCCUUUCA